AUGUCUUUCUCGUCGCUCGUCCAGGACAUUGCAUACAGAGACUCUCAUCCAGAUGACCGCAGUUCGGUCGUGUCGAGGGGCGCGCCCACCCGGUCCCAUGUAAGCACCGCCGCCACCAGCGUGAGCAUUUCCGGGGAUAUCGCAAGCCAGUUGCAUGCUGGCUACAGCCAUCCGCUCAAUCGCACCUGGCAAGCUGAGAGACAGUUAACGAAGUCGAUGCUGAUCUAUCCGCUCUUCAUCACCGACGUCCCCGACGAAGAAACCCCCAUUCCAUCUUUGCCAAACCAAUACCGUCGCGGAGUCAAUCGCCUUGUUCCCUUCCUUACCCCGCUUAUAAACAAGGGUCUCCGCUCGGUCAUCCUCUUCGGAGUGCCCCUUGCCCCCAACGCAAAGGACGCUCUAGGCACCUCGGCCGACGACCCGGCUGGCCCGGUCAUCCAAGCCAUCCGCCUUCUUCGCACACACUUCCCUCGACUCUACAUCGUCACCGACGUCUGCCUCUGCGAAUACACAUCCCAUGGCCACUGCGGCAUCCUCCGGGAAGAUGGCACAUUGAACAAUGCCCUCUCGAUUGACCGGAUCUCUGACGUCGCACUCGCAUACGCUGAAGCCGGCGCUCAUUGCGUCGCGCCCUCCGAUAUGAACGACGGCCGAGUCAGGGCCAUCAAGCUCAAACUGAUCGAAGCCGGCAUCGCCCAUCGCGUGCUCCUCAUGUCAUACAGCGCUAAAUUCAGCGGCUGUCUGUACGGACCCUUCCGCGACGCUGCGGGCUCUACUCCGUCGUUUGGCGACCGCAGAUGCUACCAGCUACCUCCUGGGGGCCGAGGUCUAGCCCGCCGCGCCAUCCAGAGGGAUAUUGCCGAGGGCGCCGACAUCAUCAUGGUGAAACCGGCGAGCAGUUACCUUGAUAUCAUCAGCGAUGCCAAGGAGCUGGCUAAAGAUAUGCCCAUUGCUGCAUACCAGGUCAGUGGCGAGUUUGCCAUGAUCCACGCCGGUGCAAAGGCUGGUGUAUUUGACUUGAAGACGAUGGCAAUAGAAAGCACAGAGGGUAUACUCCGCGCCGGCGCUGGCAUUGUCGUGAGCUACUUUGCCCCCGAGUUUUUGGACUGGCUCAGUUCCUAG